AUGGAAGUCAUCCGAGUGCGUGUUGGCGGAGUAGUUACCCAGGUACUGCAGCACCCGGAGGCGCGCGUCCUCCUUCCGCCCGACGCCGAAGCACCUGCUGAGCCUCCGUCGACGGUUCUCCUGCUCGUGCCGGGCAAUCCGGGCAUCGUCUCCUUCUACGAGCCGUUCCUCCUUGCGCUCUACGCGGCAUGGGGAGGCAAGGUCGCGGUCGCUGCUGUCUCCCAUGUCGGCCACAUUGCUGGUCUUCCCAACGAGGUCGAGGUGCCCUCGCUCGAUCUCCCGUUCGCUUCGCACAUCGCCGGAGAGCCACAGCUGGCGCCCACUCGGCUGUCUUGGGAUCUGGAGUCGCAGAUCGCGCACAAGUCGGCUAUCCUCCGUGCCAUUGCCGAGUCACCAGCAACGGCAGCUGCGCCCAAGUUUGUGCUUGCCGGCCACUCGAUCGGUGCCCACAUUGUGACGCAACUGAUGCUGCAGAGCGCGUCAGCAGCUGGCGCGGCAAGCGGCGAGGCGGCUGCACCGGGCGUUGACAUCAUCCGCGGCAUCAACCUCUUCCCCACGCUGCACUCGAUGAAGGAGCAUGCCGGAGUACUCAACUACGUGACGCUGCCCGGGCUGCGACAUGCUGCGGCCGCCGCUGUGGCGGUCAUGGGCGCGCUUCCCGGCCGGCUUGUCAAGCCGGUGAUGCGGAUGGCAUCGGAUGCAGCGGCCGACGACCGCACGGCCGACAUUGUGCUCUCCUCAUUCUCGUUCUCCACCGCGGCUGCCGUCCUCGGCAUGGCUCGGACCGAGUUUGUCACUGUCAACGCCGUGCCGGACCUCUCGCCCAUCAUCGACGACUUGGUCUUCUACUACGGAGUGGACGAUGGAUGGGCGCCGAUCAACCACGCGCACAUGACCCGUGAAGCAUACCCGGACCAUCCACAUGUGUACAUCGACGCCACUGGCGCGCCGCAUGCCUUUGUUGUCGACUCGUCCGAGGACGUUGCGGCCGAGCUUGUCCGCCUGCUCAAGGGGGAUCUCUUCCCAGCCGACCCGUCGCCAGCCUCGUAGACCGCGCUAAAGUGAUGAUACAG